AUGGCCGACCUUUUCUCGCUCACGGGCGACCCGCUCAUCGAGGCCGUCACCGCCGCCGUGCGUGUCCACAUGGCCCAGUACGACGGCUCGCACGACUUCAACCACAUCCGCCGCGUGGUCGGCCUAACGCGCCACAUCUGGCACACAACCCGGGGCGCGGACGUGUCGUCGUCUUCGCCUCAGCCGCCGGCCGACCCCCGCGUGGCCGUCUUGGCCGCCCUGCUGCACGACGUCGGCGACCGCAAGUACAUUCAGAGCGCCGCGUACGCGCCCGCCUCCGACGACGAGGCCAAGGCCAUUGACGCCCUCGUCCGGGACACGCCGUUCGCCCACGACACGGGCGCGCGGGCCACGGCCGCCGUGUUUCACCGGUGUGUCCAGGCGGCGGCAGAGUCUGCGGGGCCUGCCGUCCCCGAGCCCGAGGACGCGGUCGCACUCGGCCGCAAGGUGGUCCUGGUUUGCCAAAAUGUCAGCUGGUCGGGGGAGAACAAGUCGGACGAGACGCGCGCGGCUGUGGCCCGGCUGGCCAAGGAGGUGCCCGAGCUGGCCAUGGUCCAGGACGCGGACCGGCUCGACUCGCUGGGCGCUGUGGGCGUGGCGCGCUGCUUUGCGUACGGAGCCAGGGCCGGCGUGGCGGGCAAGGCGCAGGGGCGGACACUCGAGGACAGCUUGGACCACUUUGACGAGAAGCUGCUGGUGGUGGGCCAGCGCAUGAAGACAGCUGAGGGCGCGCGGUUGGCCGCGGAGCGGACGCAGCGGCUGCGGCAGGUCCAGCAGUGGUUCCUCGACGAGGCGUCGUUUGCCGUUGGUGGUUUUGUGGCUGGGAAGGAUGAAGCAUGA